UUGUUAGGCGUAUAUGCAUAUCCCAGUUACUCUGCUGUAACCUUCGAAGAAGAAGCACACUAUGGACGUACAGUAUUUUGUCGCUAUUUUGAUGAACAUAGAAUUGAGCUCAAUUUGCCCGUUGAAUCAUUGGUGUUUCCUGAAUAUGUCGUUCACUGCUGUAAACAUUCUGAAGCUGUCUACAUGAGUAUUACAUACAGAAGAUAUGAGAAAGUGAACUUCCAAGUGCCAAUUAUGGACAGAACAGGAAUGAGCAUGCUUUCCGCCAUCCGAGGGAUUGAAGAAUACAAAUUAUCACUAUGCCUCUCACCAAUUUUUGGCUCGGAAACUAAGUGGUUGUUGUUGGUUGAAAUGUUCGAGCAUUACAAAUUGCAAGGAGUUGAACAUUUCUAUCUUUACAUUCAGUCUAUCGACGAUUAUUCUCGAAAGAUGAGUUUUUUCCUAUAGCA